AUGUCAUCAUCAGGGUCCAAGCUCCCACUGCUCCUGUACGGGAUCCUCCUGUACAGCUCCUUUGCUCCUCUCCCAGUCAUCAGCAGUAAGAGACAAAGCCUGCAGAGCGCCAUGUCGCUCGUCCGGGCCGCUGCCAGCUCCUGGGACAAGAGGGAAGUGACAGCGAGCAAUGGAGAUUACCUGCUGGGGAUCAAAAGACUGAGAAGACUUUACUGUAACGUGGGCAUCGGCUUCCACAUCCAAGUCCUGCCUAAUGGGAAGAUCACCGGUGUGCAUAAUGAGAACAGAUACACCCUUCUAGAGAUUUCCCCAGUGGAGAGAGGAGUGGUGACUCUGUUUGGGAUGAGAAGUGGUCUCUUCCUUGCCAUGAGUGACAAAGGGAAACUCUACGGCUCGGGCCACUACAAUGAUGAAUGCAAGUUCAAGGAGAAGCUUCUUGCCAACAACUACAAUGCCUAUGAAUCAGCUGUCUACCCCGGCAUGUACAUUGGCCUCAGCAAGACCGGCAAAACCAAGAGAGGCAACCGGGUCACACCCACCAUGACCAUGACGCACUUCCUGCCCAGGAUAUGAAGUUUAAGAUAGAGACUGUAGACAGUGCAGAACAAGGUUGGGAUUCACUGUUGGACUCUUGUUCUCCAAACACUCAGUCAGCAGAGCAGAGAUGAACCUCUGCUGCUGCAGUCUGACAUGUCCAAUCACAAACUGAGCAGAACUGCGGGUACUGAUAACAUCAACAUGUCUGUAAAUCAAGACUCCAGUGUGUUAACAAUGACACUUCACUAAUAUUCAUGGGCAGUGCCAGGAGAGUCCAGCUUAAACAGAUGUGUCUUCCACCACAAACUCCCUAUUUUUAUUUUUCAUUCCUGUUGCUUAUGGA